AAAUUGUCAGUGUUGAGGUGUUGUUAAUAUUUCUACUUUAAGUUGUUAGUCGGUAUCUUGAAUAUUACUGGACCGCAAGCUCAUAUGCACACUGAGAAGACACAAUGCCUUUUGCCAUGUAUGUCUGGAUUAUAGACUAAAGAGGGUUAAGAAGUCACUGCUUGGAUUCCCGGCCUGCCCCUCCUUUCUCCUCUGCUCGUUCCUUGUCUCUUGCUGUCUCACUCUCUCUCUUUGUAAAUCUGCCUAUUCCCAUAAGACCCAGGACUCAGAGAGGCUCUUGUUCCAGAGGCUUCCCCCAUUAGGCUCUCCAGAUUGGGGCAGGACUCAGUCCAAUAGAGGGCCUCCAACCUCCAGGGACCACAAGCCAAAGAUCAACUCUCCAUUUUAAAAAGAGAAAGGUGGAUUUCUACAUCUACAUUUUUAUACUAUUCUUUUCAAAGACGAUAAGAUAAAGGACUUAAAAAAAAAAAAAAGAAAAAACAUGGAAUUUUGACAUGGAAUAUCUGUCUUUUCUCCACCUUUGAUCUGGACUUUUACAUUUUUAAUUUGGAAUUUGUUAUUUCUUAUUACUAUUUCCUCCCUGGAAGUGCUGUUCUGGUCCCCCUCUGGUUAUUCUCAGACUCUCUGUGUUCUAAUGGGACGAGUACUCACCAUGGCUCUCAAUUAGCCACACUUACCAGACAGUGAUGGCUGGUUAUUGUACAAUAGUUUUGGGCUAGUGCCCCUCAGUGGGUAGAACCCAAAUUGAGGGGUGGGUGUUUUGGGCGUGUUUUUUUUAUCAGCCUUCAACAAUACAGACAAUUAAUUCGAACAAUACAGCACAACACCUCUCAGUGCCACCUGCUUUUCAUUGUCCCAGACAAUUAACAGUAAAACAAAAAUAAAAUGGAUGACCACAGAAACUCUAGCUUUAUUCGCCAGUCCCACCACCCACGAUGGCCACAGUCUAGUGCUGGAAAGAGACGACGAAAACAAGCCUCAAAGCAAAAAGCAAAAAAACCUGAUGGCUCAUUGUGUCCUGUGUCCUCGACCCCAGCGCUACGCAGCCGCAGCUGGUGGGGCAACUGUUUUCUCCUUCCUCUAGUCAUGCUAUCAUACUUGCCCUGUGAGGCCUGGGGCACCACCUUCAAAAUCGCCAUUGUAGGACCGUGGGCAUGUGACCCCAUGUUCUCCAAAGCCCUACCAGAUCUGGCUGCGCGGUUAGCCAUGAGCCGGAUAAACAAAGACCCUGACCUCAACAAGGGCUACUGGUAUGAUUACACACUAAUUAAUGAGGAUUGCUCCAGCUCGAAAGCCCUGGCACACUUUGCUGAGCUGGAGGGCUAUGGUUCGGCCUUUCUUGGACCAGCAAAUCCUGGCUACUGCACUGCUGCUGCGCUGCUAGCAAAGAAUUGGAACAAGGGCAUCCUGUCCUGGGCUUGUCUGAAGGCAGACAUGGAUGAGGGAAUGUAUUCCACCUUCCUGCGGCCGCUCCCGUUGUCUGCUCGUGUGCUCCUCUCCGUGCUGCGCUUUUUCCGCUGGGCACAUGUUGGGAUUAUAACAGCAGAGAACGACAUGUGGGAAGCGACUGGGCACGAACUGGCAGCUUCCCUGCGUGCCCUUGGUCUGCCAGUUGGUGUGGUUGUUACCAUGGAAAUGGACAAGGAAGGGCCACGGCGAGCCCUAAAGACAAUACGGGAGACCGAUCGAGUAAGGGUUGUCAUCAUGUGCAUGCACUCUGUUCUGAUUGGUGGAGAGGAACAGUAUCAGUUGCUAACCACAGCAAUGGACAUGAGAAUGAUUGACCGAGGGUAUAUCUUCAUUCCAUAUGACACCCUCCUGUAUUCACUGCCAUAUAAAAAUGUGAACUAUCCAAUCCUGGCCAAUGACACCAAACUGCGACGAGCAUAUGAUGGGGUCCUGACAAUAACUAUGGACCAAGGGGAACAAAACUUCUAUGAGGCCUUUAGUGCAGCGCAGGAAUCCUAUGAUAUACGUACCAGCACACCACCUGAAGAGGUUUCUCCAUUCUUUGGGACCAUCUAUAACAUGCUCUAUUAUACAGCGAAGGCUGCAGAGCAGAGCCGAGUUGCGAAUGGAGGGCGCUGGGUAUCAGGAGAUACACUGGUUAAAAAUGAGGGUGGAUUUGAAUUCAAUGGCUUUAACCAGCGGAUAUCGGCAGGUACCGAUGGAGAAGGAAUGCAGGCCCGCUAUGCGGUCCUGGACACAUACGACACACGGACAAGCCUACACCGCACACACGCCCUGGAAGCAUCGCACACAUAUGGGAAAUAUGGAGGAUUGAAGUACCUGGGGAAAUCGAUUCAUUUUGCUGGAGCGUCACCGAGCACUGACUCAAACUGUUGGUUCAGUUCUUAUGUUGCUUGUAGUGGAGGUUUGGAUGGAGUGACCAUUUUCCUCCUUCUUCUCUUGUUCUGUGUGUUUAUAAGUGGAGCAGGUGUAUUAUUUUUCCAUUUUAGGAAAUACGGGAUGGGGAUAUUAGGAGCAUUUAGUGGAGGAGGAAAUGGAAGCCCCACUAAGAUAAUACUGACACUGGAUGACUUGGUCUUCAUCAACACCACACUCAGCAGGAGGAAGCUGAAUGAGGAGAGUAUGAAGCUGAAUGAGGAGAGUAUGGCAAAGAGUCAACUAGAUGUUAAAACCCCUCGCCACUCAGUUUCAGGACGCAGUUACAUUAUGUCAACUCUUGAAACGUCCAACGUUGCUGUAUUUGAGGGUGACUGGGUUUGGCUGAAGAAAUGCCCCUGUGGAGAUUCUGUUUCAGAAAUCAGUGACAGCACUCAGGCCAUCUUUAUCAAGCUGAGAGACAUGCGUCAUGAGAAUCUGAACCUGUUUCUGGGUCUGUUCUUGGAUACUGGCAUAUUUGGCAUUGUUACGGAGCAUUGCACCAGAGGCAGUCUGGAAGACCUGCUCAACAACGAGGAAAUGAGACUGGACUGGAUGUUCAAAUCCUCUCUUCUCCUUGAUCUGAUCAGGGGAAUGAAGUACUUGCAUAAUCAUGGGAUUAUUCAUGGACGCUUGAAGUCAAGGAACUGUGUGGUAGAUGGUCGGUUUGUUCUGAAAGUUACGGAUUAUGGCUUCAGUGAAAUCAUCAACUGUCAAAACAUCAUCCUGGAGGACACCAAACCAGAGGAUCAAUUCUGGACAGCUCCAGAGAUCCUGCGGGAUCCUAAACUGAAGAAGAAGGGGACAUAUGCAGCUGAUGUAUACAGCUUUUCUAUUAUCAUGCAGGAGGUGAUCUCUCGCUGUGCACCCUUUUGCAUGUUGGAUAUGCCUCCUGAAGAAAUCAUAGAUAAGGUGCGCUCUCCUCCACCGCUGUGCCGACCCACUGUGUCUGUGGAUGAAGCGCCGCUGGAGGUGAUUCAGAUCAUGAAGCAAGCCUGGAGUGAGGAGCCUAACAAGAGACCCACGUUUGAGGAGAUCUUCAGACAGUUUAAGAAUGUGAACAAGGGAAAGAAGACAAAUAUAAUUGACUCAAUGUUAAGGAUGCUGGAGCAGUACUCCUCAAACCUGGAGGAUCUGAUCCGAGAGAGGACUGAAGAACUAGAGGUAGAGCGUCAGAAAACGGAUGCUCUUCUAGCCCAGAUGCUGCCCAAAUCUGUGGCCUUGGCAUUAAAGACAGGGAAGCCAGUAAAGCCGGAGCACUUUUCAGAUGUCACACUGUAUUUCAGUGAUAUUGUGGGCUUUACCACCAUCUCUGCUCUGAGUGAACCAAUCGAAGUGGUCGAUCUGCUUAAUGACCUCUACACACUUUUUGAUGGAAUCAUUGCAAUCCACGAUGUCUACAAGGUAGAGACUAUUGGUGAUGCGUACAUGGUGGCAUCAGGGGUUCCAAACCGUAACGAUAACCGUCACGCAGCAGAAAUGGCCAACAUGUCUCUGGACAUUCUGCACUGCAUCGGAACAUUUAAAAUGAGGCACAUGCCUGACGUCAAAGUCAAAAUCCGCAUUGGACUCCAUUCUGGUCCAGUGGUAGCAGGUGUAGUUGGGUUAAAGAUGCCACGGUACUGUCUGUUUGGGGACACAGUAAACACAGCCUCCCGAAUGGAAUCCACAGGGUUGCCUUACAGAAUUCAUGUCAAUCAGAGUACUGUUGAUGUCCUGAACAGCCUCAAACUUGGCUACAAAAUAGAUGUUAGGGGCAGGACAGAGCUCAAGAACUGGACAGAUCAGAACUGGCAGUAAGCGAAGUGGGAGGAGAUAGGGGCAGGAUCUGGAAAGGUCCUUGAGUCGGGAUUCGAACUCGGGACAACCAUAGCAUAACAGCACUGCCCAGAAAGCUAUCAGAGCCGAUGAACACCACACUUGAGAUGAAACAUGAGACACGUUGUGUGAAGAAAAAAAUCAAGGCAAAUGCCUUUUGAAUGCUAUAGCUAUAAAAUUAACAAAAGAAGAGAUGACAACUUUAUUCCCAAAAAUGUUUAAAAGUUUCAUGUUCUAAAUUUCCAUCACCAUCAUUUUCACCACAAAAUGUUAUGACACACAAUAAUAGAAAUUACACUUAUAGAAAGGUUCAGGACAUUCAGAAAAAAGAAAAAAAAAAGAAGAAAAUGAUAACAGAAUUCUACACCCUUAGGCAUGGCUAGUAAACAAAAUAAACAAAAUUAGUGUGAGAGGGAAACUGCUUAAAGAAAUGUUAUGUUUUAGCAUUUGCCAAGAAACCUCCUGGAAUCACACAUGACACUAAAUGCCUCUUAAAUGUCCUGAAACCUGUCAGAUUAGUUCCUUUCAUUCUC